AGCCUUUGGCUCGAGAGGGUGACAGCAAACAGACUCUUACCACCAAGCCAGGUACGCAUAUCCAGCGCAAAUGAGCAAGCAACUGUCCCGCGGUGCAGUGCUCAUGGGUUCUGGACGUAAUUGCCACUCUUUGGCGACUACACUUUUCACUCAAGCUCCUGACGAGUCUAGUGGCGUCAUCGCAUCCCCUGAGCUUCUGAACGUGUACGGCGUCUUGCUGCAGACCGCCUGUCCGUCGAUGCUCUCCUCGUUCGGGCCAGCCGAGGCGAAGCAAGUUGUUAACUCGAAGCGCGGGCAGGUAUCGUGCAAACCAUUCACGCUGCCGCCCAAGAGCAAGGCGGCACCCUCCGUGAUGCACUCCUGCGUCCGGGUGCGCAACACGUUCAUCGAAGUGGAUGAGGACGCUGAGGAGCAGGAUGCGCCGGCCCUCCGCCGCUCCUCCUCGUGGCCCUGCAUGGCCGACCGCGCCGCCGGCGCCCAGGCCCCGACGGGGCCGACCCGCGCCACGGGCGCGCGCGGCGCGCGGGGCCCAGGGCCGGCGAAGGCGCGGGGUGCCGCGGCCGGCGGCGGCGCCGGCGUGACGGGCGCCGCGUGCGGGCGCGCCGAACAGGCGCCCAAAGGCUCCCGUCGCCACGUCCACCCUCGCAUCUUCAGGAACCUCCAGCGCAAGAAGAAGUCCGAGGAGGAGCAGCAGCACCGCCAGCAGCAGCACCAACAGUAGGAGGAGCGGUCGAAGCAGACCCAGGAUAACCCGUGGGCGCCCGUCUUUGCGGCGCUCACCGGCCUCAUUCUCUCCCGCCCUCUGGCUGCCUCAGCGCUGAUGUGCGAUAUUUGUUUUUACACAUAGGCGCGAUUUAACCUUUCAACUUUUGCACGGUCCGCCCACCCUCGAGCCAGCGAGGGCCCGGCCUCCACCUGGCUGGUCGGCGGGCCGCCGUCUCCUCUCUCGCUUCCACGCGCGCGCGCUCGGGAGAGACAACGCAUCGCUUUGGUCGUUCUGGCCCAGUCUUGGUGGCACGCGCCCGGUCUUCAAAGACUAGCGAGCAGAGCAGCAGGUCGUCAUUGCGAACGCCUCCUGCUCAAGGGUGUGCACGGGUUCUGCUCCUCCCAUCAGUUGGGAAGCAGGCGAUUUUCAGCAAGAUGUUGUUGGUGACGGC